AUGGCAGAUCCUAAAAUAAUAGCUGACGCCCUUGAAUCAGAAGAAUCUUUUUUUCAGAAAGAACCCGUUCUGCCAAAAGAAAAAAUUAUGGGGCUCUGUACUACCCAGUUGAUCCUGGCCAUUUUAAUGCUGAUUCUGCUCGUAAGGGAGCUGUUCAUAGCUCGGAAUCCCACGAUGAGCGACCCUCCGCUGAACGAUCAAAACAUGGAGACUAUCGGAAACAUUGUCGAUCGAGAUGUCAUACAGAUUAAUCCCAGUAUACUUAUCGACCUCCUCAUUAGCGACCCCAUGUAUGAAAGACAGGAGAAGGACGACCAGGUGUUGGAGGUGGUGCAAAAGGAGAGGGUGGAUGUUAUCUUCCAGAAGGCAGUCAGCUCAAUGCUCCGCCGUACUGUGGAAGGUAAAAGUCUGCCUAAAAGCAUAUCUUUUUUGCGUCGUGCUCUGAACACCCUGGAGCAGGAAGCGCGUGCACAACAAGAUGACCUCGCCGCGAACGCCGAGGACUCUAAAGAAGGAGAUGCUGGCAAUGAUAAAGACGAUAAUAAAAAGGCGAAGGGCGUUGUUCCAAGCUGA